AACUUAAUACUUACAAUUUUUUUUUAAAUAUACAACACAUCACUGUAUCAGUUAAAUUUUUUAAAAUAAUAACAAAAAUUGCUAAAUUUUUAAUGAUAAUGAUAGACUGUAUUUCCCUAAUGAGAACUGCCGGUUCAGAUGAUAAGAAUAAAAUAAGAAUAUUGAAGUUAAAACACCUGGAACGCAGUGAAUACUAUAAAAUAGUUAAAGAAAGCAUUGAGUUUAUUUAGAAAACGUUUUUGGAUCUAUUUUAAUAAUAUUUAAAAUAAUCAGUUUUAAAUUAUUAAUAAUAAACAUGCUACCAUCAGCCAGUAAAAGUGUUGUUAUUGGCAGUUCUGACUACAUCUCAUUAUUAGAUGGACUCAAAAUCAUUAAUCUUAAUUCACCAAAAAAGGAAGAAAAUAACAUAAAAUCAAAAAAUAGUGAAACUUCUAAACACAAUGUAUCAUAUAUGCAUUGUAUUACAUGCCAAAUAGCUUUUGAAGUCGAUGAAGAACAUAAGGCUCAUUAUAAAUCUGAAUGGCAUAGAUUCAAUUUAAAACAAAAAAUAAGAAAUAAAAAUAUUCUUAAUGAAUCAGAAUUUUUAUCAUUAGAAAAAAAUAAUGUUGAUUGUUCUUCCAGUGAUGAAAGUGAUAAUGAAAUUUUAGAAUAUAAUUCGUACUUUUCAAUUGAAUCAAAAUUGUUUUUUGAAAAUAAAUUGGGAAGUGCAAUUUCUUUAUACAAAUGCUUAGUAACAAGUUCUAAAGAUAUUUCAAAUGAAAAAGAACUUAUUAAAUCUGUAAAAUUAUUGUGUUCCGAACCAAAGUGGCUCAUUGUUAUGUUAGGAGGUGGUCGAUUUUCUGCUGCUAUAUUUAAAGGAGAAGAAUCGAUUGUUCAUAAAACAUUUCACUCAUAUACUGUACGUGCUAAGCAAGGAGGUUCUCAAAGUACUCAAGAUCGAUCUAAAGGAGGAAGUAAAAGUGCUGGUGCUAGUCUUCGUAGAUAUAAUGAAUCUUCUCAAUUAAAACAUGUACAAGAUAUAUUAUCUUCUUGGACUACUCUUAUAAAAGAAUGUGAUCGUUUAUUUUAUCGGGCAAUUGGUCCUUUUAACCGAAAUAUUUUAUUUGGUGGAACAAAUCCUCUUUUAAAUAAAAAAGAUCCUAGGUUAUGUCAAAUACCUUUUGGAACUAGAAGAGCCAUUUAUAAUGAAGUUUUAAGGGUUCGAGAACAACUUUCUACUGUUUUAGUAUAUGAUAAUAAGGAAAUUCUGUAUAGCUCUAUAAAAAAUUACUUAAACAAUUUAUUAAUAAAAAAAAAAAUUAAGGAAGCUAAACAACAUAAAUGUGAUGAAGAUAAUUCAAAAUCUAUCUUGAAAAAUGAAAAUGAUAUGAAGUCUUUAGUUAUUGAUAGCGACAAAAGUGAUGAACAUAAUAAUUCAUUAGUACCAUCUCUUAGUGAGGAGGAUAAUCAAUUACCUAAUUAUAAUCAUUUUAAUAGAUUUAAAGAUUUAAAAAAAAGACGUAAAAGAAAAAAAAAACCUAAACAACAAAUAUCUAAUGAAAAUCAUGAAAUAGAAGAGUUAAGAAUUAAACUUUUAUCAUGGAUUGAAGAAAAAGUAAAUGUAGCAGUAGAAAAUUUACCAUUAGUACUGGGUACAAAAUCUGAAGAAGAAAUAGAAAAUUAUUUAAAUACUCCACUAGAUGAUUUAAAUAAUACCAUAUUACAUCUAGCUUCUUUGAAUAGUUUACAUAACCACAUUUAUUUAUUAUUAAAAAAUGGAUCAAAUCCAGCUUUAAAAAAUAAAAAUUUAAAAACACCGUAUGAUGUUGCAAUAGACAAAUCAACACGAAAAGUUUUUAGAAAAUUUAUGGCCGAUUAUCCAGAAAAGUAUGAUUAUGAAAAAGCUCAUUUACCAGGUGCAUUAACUUUAGAACUACAAGAAGAAUUAAAAGAAAGGAAAAAAGCCAAACAAAAACGUGCAAAAGAAAGAAAACUGAUAGAAGAAUUAAAAAAAGAAGAAGAAAAAGAAAAAGAAAAAUUUCUCAACCUAAGUGACCGAGAAAAAUGUGCAAUUGCUGCUGAAAAACGUUUAAUUGCACUUCAAGGAAAAGUUUUUGUAUCUCGAUGCUUUUAUUGUGGAUCAAAUAUUGAAGAAAAAGUAUCUUUUGGAUACAUGGAUUAUAAAUUUUGCAGUACACUAUGUGUUAGAAAUCAUAGGCAACAGAAUAUUGCAAAAUAAAAAUCAAUUUAUAAUAUUAAAUGAACCAUUUUAUAAUAUAUUGAA